GCUUUCCAUUAAGUUCAUGAUCUUACUCCACUUUCAGUUUCAGCUGUUGUGGAGCUGAAACGGACUCAAUAAAGCCUUAGAGCGACAGUUGAAGAAUGUAAUGCCCACAAUGAAAGCAACUGAUGCAAGUCGCCGGUAGUUCCUGGAAUUGCAGAAUUAGAGUUUUAGCCGCGGAUCGAGAUACAGAAAUGAAAAGCAUCUUGGCAGCGGUGGAAAUCUGUCCCUACUGUAAAAAGCCAUUUAAGCGUCUCAAGUCCCACUUGCCCCAUUGUAAGAUGGCAGGAGAUUCAUCAUUUGCUGUAAACGCUACUGAAAUUUCUUCUCCUGUCCCAGUAACUGGUAAUUCUGUCACAUCUGAACGUCUGAAUACCAAGAAGAAAGGACGAAUCAAAAGUACAGACAUGGCCUCCGGAAAAGACAACAAGAAAAGCAAAUCUAUGCUGAUGGGGAAUGAAGAAAAAGUAAAAUCAAAUUCUGUAGAAAUGAUAGAUACGACACCUGUUGCCAAACUGCUUGCAGCAGAUGAAGGUAUACAACAGCAAAUUAAACUUUCCACCAAAAAAUCACAGAAAAGAGAAAACGGCACGCCAAGAGCCCCAGAAAAGGACCCAGUACGUACACAGGCAGCUGAAAAAGAACUUCCAAAAACAAAGCUUUUUGAAAAGUCUCCUAGAGUACAAAAAAGCAGCAGCAGAAUUAACCUUGAUGAAGAGAAAUUUGUAUCUGGUAUCAUUCAAGAACCAGUGAUUCAGACUGGUAAAGCUACUUCUAAAUCUCCUGGCAAACUAGGUAAAAAAAAAUCUGCAAAACAGAGACAAGCUAAGGAAGAAUCUGCAAAGCUGAGUGUGUCUAGCGGGGUUGAUUCCUCCAUGGAUGAUCUUCAAUCCAGUCUUCAAGAAGUUAAUGACAAGGUAAAACUAGUGAUUGAAAAUCAUCGUGUGAGAGUACUGAGGAAGAGAGAUGAUUCUUCUGUUCAAAAUAUCCCAUUAAUUGAUGCUGCCAUUGGCAACCAGAAGGCGGGACACCAGCCUGUGGAAUCAUUGUCAGGCAGUGCUGGCAUCCCACUGGCCACUGAGAAGCAAAUUAUCACAGGAACAGAGAACAGAGUUUUAGGUUUUGAGCUUGAAGGAAAUACUUGGAUUGGAAAGACAGGAAAUGCUGUGGCUACAGUUGAAGCUUCUGAUGAGUGUUUUCUGAACACCUGCAAAACAGUUCCUCUUCAGCUAGCUGCAGGAGUAAAAAGUAUGAUGGACAAAAAUCAGUUAUCAGUUAUUACUCAUGAAAAGUCUCUGGUUUAUAACAAUCCUAAAUCAAAUCCCUAUUCUGCAUUUACAGAAAUACUUCAAAGGAAAGGCAAUGAUGAAAGAUGUAACCACAACCUAACUUAUUUAGAAAAUGAUACUGCUUUAGAUUCUGGGGUCAUUGUGAUAACCCCAGGCAACAGCUCAGAGAUAACUUUGAAGCCACCCUCAGUUCAUAUGUUAGAAAUGACUGCUGCCCAAAGGUUAUCAUCUCCAAAGAGAAGCUUACAGCCAGGUUCUUUGGGACUGGAGUGGUUUCCAGAACUGUAUCCUAAUUAUCAGAACUUAUUUUCAGGGAAGCCGAAACUCUGGGACACCAGAAUCUCCCAAACCCAGCUCAUUCUCCCACAUGAAGAUUGGCAAGUGUCUCUGAAGAAGAGAAGGUGCCUGAUGAAUGUAAAGCUUCAAGAUUUGUCAGCUUGGCUAGCUACAUGUAACCCAUCUCCCCGGGGGAUGCUAAGAGCGACGUGCAGGGAUGAGAGCAAAUCAGCCUGGAAUGGAUACUACAACCGAUACAUCAAUGUGAAAAAGAGUGGAGUGGCUGGGAUCUCAAUGCUCCUGCUUGGCUACUGUGUCCUCAGCUAUGCCUGGAACUAUGGAGACAUUAAAGAGAAUCGCUGGCGCAAAAACCACUCAUGAGAGCAAAAGAAUGUGAGACAGAAGGCAUGGUGUGUUUGGACUGACUGUUCAUGUUGCUUGGGGCUUGUUCCAGCAGCAGCAAGGGGCAUUGAAGAAUGCUGUAGGGCAGCUUUCUUAAGACAUACACACUUACUAUAUUUAGUAACUAUUUAUAUUUAGUAACUACUUCAGCACGCUUGGAGGCUGUAGAGAAGUAGGAAAGUUGUCACUCAUGGCCUGUUGGCUUGAGAAGUGACACUUGCAAAAAAUGCUGCUGUAUGUAGUACCAAGAUGGUUCCAAAUGCCUUAUGGCUUCUAUUAAAGAAACAUCCUUCUCUCUUCCUUUAUAUCUGGAGUCCAUAAAGACAAGUCCAGCUAUUUUUUUUUUUGGGGGGGGGGGGAUGCUUGGUCUUUCAUACCCAGUUCUAUGAAGAAGGUAUAAAUGAGGACCUAACUAGAGGGUACAUUAUUUAUGAGUUCACCUUGAGUCCUAUUAACCAGAUGUGCAUUGGGAGUUCUGUGCUUGGAACUUAAUUCCCAAACAUCUGGGGGCACGAUUUAGAUCAGGAUUAUGGCCCCCACUGCAUUUUCUCUCCAGUCCUAGGGAACUCUGCUGGGGAAACUUAUCUAUAUCUUACCUGUAGUCAUAGGUUUCCCCAGUACAGCAAUCAGUGGCUACUUAGGGCAGUGUCAAGUCAUGAAAAUGGCAUGGAGGGGAGGCUUAAGCCCAUUCUCUCUGGUCCCAAUACACAUCUGGCUUUCAUGUAUCUAGGAAAUAAGUUCUGAACAUGGAACUCAUACAGCAAGCCAGCAGAACACACAGCAUACCUCUAAACAAUGUAUCAUGUAGUUAAGUCCCAAGGAUAUAGUAGGAUGUAUAGGAUAGGACUCAGGAGACCCCCAGAUUGGUUUUAGAAAACACUUGAAGCUUGAGCAACGAAUACAUUUUUUUCAUAGAUAAUGAAGCCAGAUAUGAAAAUGCAUCUCAAAACAUGUUGUAUACAAAAAAGGAAACUGAGAGUGCUUCAUUAAUCUUAAUGACUGGGACCCUUAGUGUAAUAUGGUAUUAAACACGUUGCCUAUAUUUUUA